AAUACAUGUAUAUACUUUAUACCUUAUCUCAAUGACCCUUCUAUGCAGAAUAGACGUUAUCUUGUUUUUGAGACAAUACGAUAAAGAUGUUCUCAUUUGGCAGGUUUCAAUGUGUAGAUAUAUCUGCAGGUCAUGAAAUGAGAUAUAUAAGUAAUAUAGACUGAGCUGGUCUGAGUGCAUGUCACUAAAGCUACAACUCUGAGGAUCAUGGAAUUAUCACAGAAGAUAAUGAUUACACUUUGUUGCUUAGUGAUAUCUUGUUUUCCAUUAUAUUGUGAAGGGAGUAAGAUAUUACUAUUCCCCCUUGAUGUUGGCUAUAAUAGCAAACUAAUGAACAUGCUUAAACUGGGAAGAAUGCUCACAAAGGCCAAACACCAAGUCACAUGUGUUAUAUCUGACAGAAUGAGGGAAGAUGCUUUGUUUAAAUUAGCAGAGCGAGAAACUUUUGAUUCCAGCUUUAAAGUGAUUAGUUAUAAGACACCACCAGUGGAUCCAGAUGUCAUGCAAUUAAAUACUGAAAACCAGGGCUUUCUUGAUGCAAUGAUAAAUAAAGAUGUGCCUGAAAUUGUGCAGUUUUUCAGUCCAACCUUAACUGAACCUCUGGAUUACAUGCUACAGGACAAAACUAUUGCUCAGUUAGCAACUGAGGAAUUUGACCUGAUAUUUGCUGAUGAGAUUGUAUUUUUUCCAAGAAUCAUGGCUGCAAAACGAAACAUUCCGAUAAUUUUGUACAGCAAUUUUGGCCCCUUGACCGCUGAUACUGAUAUUGUUCCUAGAUAUAGCCUGGCCUUUGUUAAUGGAUGUUUUAACAGAUUCAGUGACAUGAUGACAUUUUCUCAGCGGAUGGAAAAUGUUUGGGAAUAUUUAAGAAUGAGAUGGGUGAUGUCAGAUAUAUACUCGGAGUCAGAAGUGAUUUGUAGGAAGCAUGGCUAUGGGGAAUCUUGCGACAAUAUCAGAGGAAUCCAUAAAACUGUUAACCUUGUGCUUAUGAACAGAAAUGAUGUUAUACAUUACCCUGCACCAUACAUGCCACAUAUCAUUUCUUUAGAGGGGUUUUUCUUGGACAAACCAAAACCCUUAAAUUCACCUUACAAAGAAAUUGUUCAGAAGUCAGGAAAACAUGGUAUUAUUGUGGUGAGCUUUGGAUCAAUGUUUAGGAGAUUAGGAUUGAAACAUCGCAACAUAUUUGCCAAAGCAUUUUCCGCAAUGCCACAGACGGUGAUAUGGAGUUAUGAAGGUGAAACACCAGAAGGCCUUGGAGAGAAUACAUUCGUUAACAAAUGGAUUCCACAAACUGAUCUGCUGGCAAACCCUGCAGUUCAACUAUUUGUAACACAAUGUGGAGCAUCGUCAUUAUUUGAGGCAUUGAAUUAUGGUGUCCCUGUUGUUUGUAUUCCUUUCAUUGGGGACCAGGAGUAUAACUGUCUGAAACUUGUAGAGAGAGUCAAGUCAGCCAAGAAUGUCCCAUUGAAAGGGAUUACAAGUAGACAACUUCAAAGCACCAUGGAAGAAGUUAUAAACAAUAUAACUUAUAGAGAAAAUGCAAAGAAAGCUGCAUUAAUAUAUCAUGAUCAACCCAUUGAUCCGAGAAAGAAAUCUUUGUAUUGGAUUGAGUAUGUUAUUCGCCAUAAAGGAGCACCACACUUGAGAUCAGCUGGGGAAAGUCAACUGAGCUUCUUUCAGUAUUAUCUUCUUGAUAUAGCAAGCUUAGUUGGAGUGGUUGUCUUUGCUGCUGUCAUCAGUAUUGCUUUUGUCAUGAAAGCAGCAAUUAAAGGCUUACUAAGAACUACAAAAUCUAAAGAGGACUGAUUUUUCAAAAAAUGUCAUUCAGUCAUUCAUCCAUAUCCUUUAAUUUAUAAGUGGAUGUGAUGACACUAAACUGAUCAUAUUCACACGCAUGUUUAACAUGAUCUUGUGAGAAUUACACAUGUGAAUAUUUACUGUAGAGGUCAAUUGAGCCAAAAUCUAUCAGUAGUUGUACUAUGUCCCAUCUCUUCACUUUAUAAUCUAAACUUGGGCUUUUUGACAUGUCAUUUAAGGUGACUUUGUGAUUUUGAAUCAAUUAAUUACUGAAAUUAAUAAAUUGUUGGCAUUUGAAUAAAUCUCUCUUUGCUUCUUGUGCUUUUAGUUUUAACCAUUUGUUGCUUUAUUAUUUUAUAAUGCAUUUAUACAAGUUACACCCCAACAUUUGAUCUCGGAAUCCUACUUUUACUCAGACUUCAGCAAACAUGAGGUUUGGGCAAAAUAGGUUCAAUUCUAAUGCCCGGCAUGAGAUUAGAUCUUCUCUUAUGCCCGUCAUAAGAAUUGAGCCUAUUUUGCCCAAACCUCAUGUUUGCUGAAGUCUGAGUAAAAGUAGGAUUCCGAGAUCAAAUGUCAGGUUGUUUAAGUAAAAUACUAUAUAUAUAAUUCUAAUUAAGUUUUGGUGUUUCAUCAUUAUCAUAUCCAGUGUAUUGGUCACAUGGUGCCAUGUGAGUUUAUCAGCUUCAGAUAUAAAUUAUUAACAUUUGGAAAUAAACUCAUUAUAUGUUGAAUGGUGUGGUCAUUGUCAUUUCAGCAGUUAUACUGCAUAAGUAUGUUUUACCAUUACUGUUUUGUUAUACUGCAUUAGUAUGUUUUA